GAAGAGAAAUUUUUAUGACCGAAUAUGAUAUCUUCGAUAAAUUAAGCGCGCAUAAAGCCAACGCUCAAUAGGUCACACUUGCUCGGCAUACAGUUGACGCAUUUCGGAUUUCGCUCGUUCAGCUUCCUUAACCGUCGUCGGCAGUCAUUCAGCUACGAGGACGACUGAAGUAUCGAAAGGUCACGGUGCUGAGCAGUUGUCCGAGCGGCUUCAUCUACUAGGAAAGUUCCCCAUAAUAAUCAUGCAGCCUCUUAUAGUAUCCAUAUUCUUCGCCCUCCUCAUCUGCGCCCAUGGAUUUCCUUACAGACUCAAUGCAAAAUCGGAGCCGGCACGGAACCGACAAGAGCGUAGUUUAUUUCCUUUUGUUGUGGGAGAAACAAUCCUCGACAUACAGUGCAAACGUGGUUACCUAACGGUUUGCGCACCCGAUGGACCGGACGCCUGCCCGAUCGGUUAUUCUUCUCAGACCAACGUCGGAGUAUGCGGAUUCGCAACCCUCAAUCACUACCUGAAUACGAGCAACCUUGCCGGCACAUGCUGUUACAAACUUGCCGACACAUCGGCUACCACCACAACCGGGGCAUCGACCUCGUCCAACUCCACGGCACAGACCAUCCUUACUCCUCAGAUCAUUGCCUACCCCGUGUAUGCUCAGUAUCCGUAUGCCAUUAGCUCGGGAUCCAGUUCCGGCACAUCAGGAACAUCCGGCACUAGCGGAAUGACGAGCGGUACCAGCGGCAUGAGCAGCAGCUACGGCUCAACGUACGGGCGAUGAGACAGUGCACCCGGAAACUUCGCGUGACCUUUGCAGAUUUUGCGGGCAGAAUCUGCAGUGAAUCACUGCGUUGUGUUGGCAGGUUGUUGUGGUUUUCGUUUUUGAUCUAGUUGACCAUCAUAGUUGUCCAAUGCGCACGAUUGUCUCUGUAACCUCAAACUGUCGUGUUGGUUGUGCCGGUUUCUUUUUCCAAUUGGGAUUGUGAUCACAGCGUCGAAUAGUGUUUAUGUCGGUUUGGUUGUGUGGUAUAAUGCGGAAGGGUUACAUUGCUGGUCAAAGUAAUUCAUUUGAUUGCUGA